AUGGUGCUCUCUAAGGCCGCAGGCGAGCGGCCGUCGUCGUCUUCCUCGGCUCCGGUGGCAGCAGAGGAGCAGCGGAGGGUCGCCAUGGAGCCUCGGGUGCCGGCGGCGCCGGCCAGUCUGCCGCCGGUGUCGAGCAAGGCGGAGAAGUUCCCGGCGCGGCCGGGGUUCGGGACCAUCGGGAGGAGGUGCCGCGUCCGCGCCAACCAUUUCCUCGUGCAGGUCGCCGACAAGGAGAUCUACCAUUACGAUGUGACAAUUGACCCGGAAACGAGGUCUCGUGGAUGGAACAGAUCAAUAAUCAACGAACUAGUUAAAUUGUACAAGGAACACUUGGACGGUAGGCUGCCUGUUUAUGAUGGAAGAAAGAGCCUAUAUACCGCUGGUGCACUGCCAUUCAAGAACAAAGUAUUUGUCGUGAAACUUGCCAAUGCCGCGAAAGGGAAUAAACGCGAGGAGGAAUACAAGGUAACUGUCAAGCUUGCUUCAAAUCUGGAUAUGUACAGCCUUUGGCAGUUUUUGGCUGGUAGAAGCAGGGACGUGCCACAAGACACUAUCCAAGCUCUCGACAUCGCCUUAAGGGAGUGUCCCACAACAAAUUCUUUAAAUUGGAACAGGUAUGUAUCGAUCUCUAGAUCAUUCUUCUCUCAGUCAUUUGGACAUGGUGGCGCGAUUGGCAAUGGUGUUGAAUGCUGGAGGGGUUAUUACCAAAGCCUUCGCCCCACACAGAUGGGUUUGUCACUAAAUAUCGAUAUUUCUGCAACGGCAUUUUACAAGGCCCAAGCAGUGAUGGAAUUUGCUGUUGAAUAUCUGAAUAUCCGAGAUGCUUCAAGGCCCUUGAUUGAUCAGGAUCGUAUUAAGUUGAAGAAAGCCCUUAGAGGUGUCCGGGUUGAGGCCACUCAUCGGACUGAUAAAACCAUACGCUACAAGAUCACUAGCGUUUCCUCAGCUCCGUUGAAGGAAUUAAUGUUUGAUCAAGACGGUGUGCGCGUAUCAGUUGUCCAGUACUUUAAGAAGCAAUAUAAUUACUCUCUGAAAUAUAUCAAUUGGCCAUGCCUUCAAGCUGGUAGUGACAGCAGACCGAUAUAUUUGCCUAUGGAGGUUUGCAGCAUAGUUGGGGGACAAAGAUAUUCACGCAAGUUGAAUGAACGCCAAGUUUCAAGCAUACUAAAGAUGGCAUGUGAAAGACCAGCUCAACGGGAGAGCAGUGUUCUAGAGUCUGAUCCCUUCUUUUUAUCUUGUCAGAUUGUUAACAGGAAUAGUUAUGGCAAUGAUGACUAUUCGAAAGAAUUUGGCAUGAAAGUCAUGAACCAACUUGCAUUGGUCGAUGCUCGUGUACUACCUUCCCCAAGGCUUAAAUAUCAUGACUGUGGACGGGAAAAGGUAUGUAAUCCUUCAGUGGGACAAUGGAACAUGAUAAACAAGAGAAUGGUGAAUGGAGGAUCUAUCAACCAUUGGGCAUGUCUAACUUUCGCGUCUCGACUUCACCCAAAUGACAUUGGCAUGUUUUGCCGUGAUCUGGCUCACAUGUGCAAUAGCAUUGGCAUGGAAAUGAACAUGGAGCCGUGCGUGAAUAUCACACAAGCACGCCGUCAGGACACCGUGGAGUCUGCAAUCAGAAAUAUCCAUGGCCAUUCUGCCCAAGUGCUCGCUGAGAAAGGUCUAAAAGGGAAGCAACUUGAAUUAUUGAUCAUCAUAUUACCUGAUAUUAGUGGUUCCUAUGGAAAGAUAAAACGGCUUUGUGAAACGGAGCUUGGUGUAAUAACUCAGUGCUGCUUGCCUAAAAAUGUUCAGAAGGGUGGGAAACAAUACCUUGAAAAUCUUUCUCUGAAGAUCAAUGUUAAGGUUGGGGGUCGGAAUACAGUACUUGAAGAUGCUUUGUACAAGAGGAUACCCCUUCUGACUGAUGUGCCUACCAUAGUUUUUGGAGCUGAUGUUACCCACCCAGCUGCUGGAGAAGAUGCAUCUCCAUCUAUUGCAGCAGUUGUUGCGUCCAUGGAUUGGCCAGAAGUAACAAAAUACAAAUGCUUGGUAUCUUCACAAGGCCAUAGGGAAGAAAUUAUUGCCGACCUUUACACCGAAACAAAAGAUCCACAGAAGGGACUUGUUGGCGGUGGGAUGAUAAGGGAGUUGCUUCUCUCUUUCUACAGAGCAACUGGAUGUAAACCUCACAGGAUUAUAUUUUAUAGAGAUGGUGUUAGCGAUGGUCAGUUCAGCCAAGUGUUGCUUUAUGAAAUGGAUGCAAUUCGCAAGGCUUGUGCUACUUUACAGGCGGGGUACCUCCCACCAGUCACAUUUGUUGUCGUGCAAAAGCGGCAUCACACUCGUCUAUUUCCUGAAAAUCAUCGUGCGCGGGAUCUGACGGAUAGAAGUGGGAAUAUCCUACCUGGUACCGUCGUCGACACAAAGAUCUGUCAUCCUACUGAGUUUGAUUUCUACCUCUGUAGCCAUGCUGGCAUUCAGGGAACAAGCCGCCCAACACAUUAUCAUGUUCUUCUCGAUGAAAACCGUUUCAGUGCUGAUGCCCUUCAAACCUUGACCUACAACCUCUGCUACACCUAUGCCUGGUGCACGCGAUCGGUUUCCAUAGUUCCUCCGGCCUACUACGCGCACCUGGCGGCCUUCCGUGCGCGCUACUACAUGGAGGACGAGUUCUCCGACGGGGGCUCGUCGUCGGCCACGGCCCGGUCGGCGCCUGCGAGGCAGCUCCCCAAGAUCAGGGACAGUGUCAAGGAGUUCAUGUUCUACUGCUGA